AUGGCGACUUCGAGUGCUCUCUCUCCAAAUCAGCUGGGCACAUUAGGUUGCCACCUCAUGGAGCUCUGUUCUGCAGUGUGCUCAUUGUCACCAGCUGUCAUUUGCAACGUGUACUAUUGCAGUUCGUGCCGCGUCUGCUUGUCUGGAGGUCAUUCAGCCCAGAAUGUCACCUGCUCACCGCUGCCUUGUCCCUCGAGAGGCGCCCUUCAACCUCACAGAUUGCGCCUCGCCAGCCCGACCGUCCUAGCGACGGUUGCAGCCAGACUGCAACCGGGUGCUCGGUCGUGUCGACAGCAGUUGGACCCUCCUCGAUUCACGGUUUGCUUGACAUGCCUUGUCCAGAUUCCAGUUCAGAUCAUCAAUGACGUCCUGGUCUAUUGCAUCUUCGAGUGA